UUCGUCCCUCCGAGUCGACGCCACUCGAUGGUCUGAUUCCUCGCAUACUUAGGCCAAUGAACGACGUUUCCGAUAGAAUCGCGGUACCGAUGCUGGAUGUUAUCAUGCCCACCGUUGACCGCGCCGCCGACCUGAUAGUGCAAGUGAGUCGCGACACUACUCUAGGCCUAGACCUGAUAGAAUGGUUACUGCUCGGCGAACAUUCACGUUCGAGGACGUACGUCCUGUCCUCGAAGGAAUGGUUGCUAAAACAUCCAGAUUGGCGGUAGCACACGAUUUCCUCAGGGGUCUCGGUGACACGGCCGCCGACAAGGAGCUAAUCGUCAGAGAGUGGAGUCGACUGCAGUUAUCCCAAGCACUACUGUCUCUCACAACUCCGGAUUCAGAGGAUGUACCCAUCUUCAUAUCCGUCAUCAAGGAGAAAGGUACCUGCGGUUGUGCUGAAUGCGGCAUGCUCAAUACAUUCCUCAAAAACACCUCCGCUGAGACUACUUUGGGGUUUCUUCAAGCGAAGAGAAAUCACAUUGAGGGGUACCUUCGAGGAGCUAGUGACGUGGGUAUGAGGUUGUGCGUAUGAGUCGCCCGCAAGGACUUCUGGUGAGGAAACGACCAGAUGUGCUUGCCUCGCUGCAAUGGUCAAUGCGGUAGGCCGACACAAAGACAUUUUUGAGUCUGAUUGGUGACGAAGACAUUAUUUCGGAACUGGUUGGACGGCGGUACGCGGAUGUAUUGAGGGCACAAAACCUAUGCAUCCUGCCUCAGGUCCGUCAUCAAUAAGUGUAGACGCUCUACCGCAAGAUGUGUCAACCUCUUUGUCGUGGUUUUCAUCGUCGACCGUCGCAGGCACGAAAACCGAUGGCUAUUACUGGGCCUGUCAUUGACUUGGCAGAGGAUUGAACGUCAUCUUGAGUACUUACUACUUAUGUGCUUGGACCUGUAAUAUACUAUGGUUCAUUUUAAAAAUUUAUGUUCUCCGAUUGAUCAUAUAUCGAUUAUACCUCACGUAGAUUAGAACGUAG